UUGUUACUCUGGAUAUCCCUGCGACUUUGGGAACAACUACCCUCCACGUUGUUGUGUGUCUUUAUCCGGAAGUAAAUCCUUACCCGUCUCUCUGUGGAUUUCAGGGCUGCGAGGGGGGGGGGCGCCCAAAUCUGUCCCUGUUUGAGAACGGGACCUUUUGAAUCUAACAGCAACAACAAUGGACCUCGUUUCCUCUGGGAACUCACUCCUGGAGCCGAGCUUCUCUCUCUCAUGGGAUCGUAGCGUUCCGCAGCCGCUCCACGUCUCUCCGUUCACUUGUUAAACUGUUCGGUGUCUCGCGGAAACGCUCGGUCGGUCAGUUGGAGUCCGUGAUGCCCACGAGGAACAGGUACAACCUGGUGGACGAUUUGGCGGACUCGAGGAUUCCGCUUCACAAUGAGGAAGCGUACCAGCAUGGGAUUUACUUCCAAGCCAAGUAUGUGGGGAGUCUCGAUGUGCCCAGACCCAACAGCCGGAUGGAGAUAGUGGCAGCCAUGAGGAGAAUCAGGUAUGAAUUCAAAGCCAAGAACAUCAAGAAGAAGAAGGUCAGCAUCGUGGUGUCUGUGGACGGGGUGAAGGUGAUGCUGAGGAAGAAACAGAAGAGAAAAGAGUGGACGUGGGAUGAGAGCAAGAUGCUGAUCAUGCAAGAUCCCAUAUACAGGAUUUUCUACGUUUCUCACGACUCCCAGGACUUAAAGAUCUUCAGUUACAUUGCGAGAGACGGGUCCAGUAAUUCCUUCAGAUGUAACGUCUUCAAGUCAAAGAAAAAGACUCAAGCCAUGCGAAUUGUGCGGACAGUCGGCCAGGCCUUUGAGGUUUGCCAUAAGCUCAGUCUGGAGCAUGCUGAGCAGGACGCAGACGGGCAGGCGGACGGCGAGAGUGACAAGUCCACUGAGGAGUCCAGCAGUAAUGGUCGUAAACUGACCGGAGCAGAACAAGGAGAGGAAGAGGAGGAGGGCAAGAGUGGAGGAAGAAGAGAAGAUCCUUCAGCUGGCACCUCGAUCUGUGAAAAAGCUGUCAGUGAAAUCCUGCAGAGUCUGGCUGAGCUGAACGUGGUCAAACCUGGACAGACCAUCAUAGAUUUAGAUCGAAGGUCCCUCUUCACUGUGACAUCCCAGGGGGUUACUCCCAGCAGCCCUUGCUCUCCGUCUCUCACUCCACUGGCGUCGCAGCACUACCUGCAGCUCCUCCAGCAGCAGCUACAGCAGCAGCAGCAGCACACACAGGUGGCUGUCGCACAGGUGCAGCUCCUGAAGGAUCAGAUGGCAGCAGAGACGGCGGCCCGCAUGGAGGCACAGGCGCGCGUCCACCAGCUGCUUCUGCAGAACAGAGACCUGCUGCAGCACCUGGCCCUGCUAGUGCAGCAGCUGAAAGAGCUGGAGGCCCGCUCCCCAAAAACAACUCAGCCGCAGCAGGAGCCUCUCGCCAACGGACACAGUGAUCAGCAGUCAUCCGGCAGCCCUGUGUCAACAUCAGCAAAGUCUCUGUCUCUGAAUCUAAAGAAUCACUACAACCAGACCCUGGACCAGCUCGUCACCUCCACCCCUGCAUGGCCACUCCAAACCUCACCCCUCUCCCCCUCCCAGGUGGACAGCGCCGAGUCCUACCUGAACCUGCUCAACCUGGAGAACAGCAGCAAACCGGACGCUUCAGUCAACGGAGACCUGGACCCCUUUAUUCGGGCCAACAUGACAGCGGAGAGCAAGGAGGGAACAGGCAAUGAGAUCAUUCCGUUCACGUUGAGGAACUCUGCCAACAUGGAUGAGAAAUAUAAACAGCUGAUCCCCAAACUCGACCCCCCUCCACCCUCCUUGAACCGCAAACGUGCCAGCAGGACGCUGUCUCCAGGAUCAGACGUAACUGCCGCGCCCACGCCAGGAGAAGCCACAGCCCCCGAAGCCGCCCCCAGCCGCAGCAGCAGCCUCUCGUUCCCAGACGUCACCCCCAGCUCCUUGUCCUCUACGGACUUCCACUCCCUCAGCAACGGCGAGAGCAGUUCCUGCUCGGCCAGUGAGGACUCGGGCGUCCGCUCAGAGACCAAGUCGCUGCUGUCGCCGCUGAGGGACGACGACGACUUGUUCGGGGAACGCGGGACGUUCAUGACGGCGUCCAGUGGGUGCGACAGCCCGCUGGAGGACAGGUGCGAAGCAGUGUUCGCCUCCUCUGAGCCCUCCACCCUUGUCUCGAAUUCAGACACCUGCGAGAACCCACAGCCCUUUUCCUCGCCUUUGAAUGAUACCUGCCUUCACAUCAGUUUUUCAGAAGACGAGCUGCUGGAGAGCAACCAGGAAGAUGCUAAUAUCCCACAGAGGAGUUAGGAGGAGACUGCCCACUGUCCUUUAAUCCAUUUUUAAUGCAACAACCCCAUCAGACUCUCCUAUGUUUGCACUGGGAACUUUGAUUACUCUGUCCACUUGUGACACACCACAGACCAACAGUAGCAUCAACAGUUACUGAGAAUAAUCCAUCCUAUGAAUAAUUAGCCAAUGGGAAAGUUUAGUAUUUUUGUAAUGAAUUUAAUGAUCUAAUUUAGUGACUAGAAUGUUAAGCAGAAUACAUGUAGCAAUUCUUGCACUGUUAAAGUCACGAGUAAUUUACCGUAGAGUAAAGGGAAGGAGGGAACACAUUUUAUUUUUGCUAGAUGCCAGCAUUAUUUUGUACAAUGCUUCAAAGGAAUACGCGAUGUUCAUGCAGAUGUUUGUGGUGUUGGGAAAAGCCUUGUCGUCUACGGAGCACCUCCAUGUUUGAUGGAAAGAAAAGAACAAGAAAGUCAGAUAAAGGUGAAAGGAAUGAUAGAUAGUCUGGUUUAUACACAUCCAUUCCUGGCUGUGUUGUAUGUUUCUAAUGAUCAAGGUUGAACAGGUCUUAGUAUGUUUUUCAGUUCUUCUGUUUUGGGUGUUUCAGCACUGGGAGGAUUAGUGGAACGGAUUCUAGAAAUGGGUCUGUAGAUAGCUCGGAUGUUGUCCUUCAAAGUAAAAGGAUUUCCACAUUGAAUUAAAAUUCUUUUUGUUUCAGUAAGGGGAGAGAGGAACCCUUGAACAUUCUACACAAAGAGCUAAUGGCUUUUAUAGUAGUGGGUGGCAGCUGUCUGAGAGGGGAGUCUGAACCCUCACACUCAAUGGGACGAUAAGUGGCGAAUCAUGGAGGACCUUGGUGAAAGACAGUGUGGCAGAUGGAUUUUAUCUUCCAUUCAGCCUUUUUUCAACUGCAGAACACAAUCUGUUAAAUUUGCAGCCAUCAGGGUCAGCUUAGCUGACAUUGUUUCUUUAUUUUCAUUUUGUGUUUGAAGCUUUAACUAAACACUGGAAAUAUUGAUUUACAUUAAAAUAGAGCUACAUUGAUGGGUUAGUUCAUUGCAAGAAUAGCGAUUUAUAUCACCUUAGAAACUUAGCGCAAUAAACAAGGAAAUUAGUGUUUGGUAGAUUAUUUCUUUGUUGAAACAAAGCAAUCUUAUACCAUUGGAAAGCCUGCUUAUAUCCCUUUUAAAUGGAGCCACAUUUACAAGGAGCUCAGUAUGUGGGUUGCAUUCAUGAAAAUUUUGCCAUAUCUUCUCUGCCAAUGCCAAACAGCUUAUUUUGCUGUUGCUAUUGACUUUUCUUUGGGCUUCUGGUACCCCCAGGUGAGCAUGAGUUCUGCCACAGUGGUCAGCAGGUGUCUGCUCCAAGAAUUGGCAUGCCACGUCUGACUCAUCUGGAUAUGGCCCAUGCGAUAGGGCACUUUUAGGCAAUAUUAAGCUGGUGUUAUGCAAAGCCAAGUUGUGGAAUUAUUUGGAGUGAGCCUCAGUACCAUCGCCGAAUUGAAGGCCAAGUUGCAUAUAACAGGGGAUGUCAGGGACAGGCCGCAAAGUGGGCGUCCCAAGAAGACGACACUCCAAGAAGAUGUUUCCUCAGCCUGUCAGCACUGAGGAAGGUCAAGAUCUUCCACAGAUUUGCAGUCAAGGUUUGCAAGACCAUGCAAAACAUCCGUUGAUCUUGAGUCUUGUUUUGGGAGUCUUGUCAAGACUUGUCAAUAUUGCAGGCAAUCUGUAUGCAGAGAGAUAUCAACAUGAGAUUCUGCAACCAGUUGCAAUCCCAUAUCUCCACAGUCUGGGACUGAACUCUAUCUUCCAAGAUGACAUAGCUGGCCCCCACAGAGUGGGGUUUAUCAGAGACUACCUCCAGAAUUUGGGAGUGGAGAGGAUGGAAUGGCCUGCCAGCAGUCCUGACCUCAACCCCAUUGAACACUUGUGGGAUCAGCUUGAGUGUGCUGUUGAUGACAAAGUGACCAACACAACCACAUUAGCUGGCUUGUGAGAAAUGCUGGUUGAAAAAUGGGAUGCCAUCCCACAGCAGGAGGAGGAGGAGCCAGGCUGUUGUGGCUAUGUAUGGCUCUUCCACACGCUGCUGAGGUUUCUGUUUGUUAAAUGGAUAAAUUGUUCAAUUGCAGACCAGACUUCAAUCCACCAAACAAGAGUCAAUGGCAGAAUAAGCUGUUUGGCAUUGGCAGAGAAGAUUUGGCAAGUUUUUAAAGGAUGCAACCCAUAUUCUCAGCUCUGCACAAAUGCAUGUUCCUUACAAAUGUUGCACCAUUUAAAAGGGCAAUAAACAGGCUUUCCAACGGUAUAAGAUUUAUUGCCAAAAAGCAUUGUUACAGCAAAGAAAUAAUCUACCAAACACUGAUUUCACACAAAGUUUAGAUGGUGAGACUAAAUGCUACUAUUAACAUAGUGCUAAUUUUACAAAAAUACUAACAGCAAUUAUGAUACCGCCUUAAUCACGUGAAGUUGUAGAUGUUUAUUUUUGACAUGCAAGUGAUCAGACUGUUCUGCAAUGUAAGUGUUUUUAUUAUUGCACCGGUGUAACACUUGACAGGUAGACGUAGUUGGUUGUGAGAGGGAAAGCAGCAGAGGUGUGAGGAGAAGGAGGGGGGGUGCGGGUGUGAAAUGUUCACAGGCGAAGCAUUUUACACACCGAAACGAGGCUUUUCUCAACAUCACAUGUGGCAGGGAGAUAUAGCAGCAAUAACACAUGGAAGAAAAAGAAAUAAAGUGGAU